CUUGGCACGUAAUGGGAAAUAAAAGCAUCUUCUUCCCCUGUGGGAAGGAAAAGCAUCAUCUUCUUCCUCUCCCGUGGGAAGCAUGUCCCUUGGCUCCUGUUGAAGCCCCUGUGCUGGAUGCUGGAGACAAGCAGGGGACUAGAGGGACACCAUGGGUGUAGGUGCUUUUUGCCAGCCCUGGCAGGGUGGGUGGCAUGGCUCCGCAGGCAAGAACCGCCCCCGGGUCACUCCUGAAACCCUGGCAGGGGUUUUGCUGCUGGAGCUGCGCAGAGGAGUCACGGUGCCAGGGUUGUCCCCAGUGCCGGCUUGUCCCUGGGAGCAGCGGGAGAGCUGGGAGCUGCUGGAGCCGGUUCCCCUUGGCCACCCCCCUCCCUGCCUGCCCGGCCCCCGCGGUUCCCCUUUGCUGGGGAGCUGAUGCGAGUGCAUGACCCGGGUUGUAAGUGCUGAGAUCAGUAAGCGAAGUGCCUGGCCGCGCUCUCUGCCUCCAUGUGACUGCAGUUUCCGUUAGCUCCUUCCGCAAAGGCUAUAUUAGUGCUAAGCGAGAAAGCGGGUGGGAGAGAAACCCCACGGGUCGCCCCUACCCUUGGCCCCAGGAGCCCCCCCAGCGCAGCCGGAGGGGCCGCCGGCUGCAGGAUGAGUUGUGGCAAACUCUGCGCGCCACCCCACGCGCACUGGCAGUUAUGAAAGCGCUGCUUGCCGAGCCCUCGCCGAGACCUCGCUGCUCAUUUGCCUGAGGUUCAGCUUUUCCCCCGAUGCAAAUGCUGUCAGCUCCGGCUCCACCAAGAGUGCCGCCGCUGACAUGGAGGCCCCGCUCCCUGGUCUCUUCCUGCUUCUGGUCCUCCUGGCAGUGGGAUGGGGAAGCGGGGCACUCGCAGCCUGGGCAACGUUUCCUGGUGGCUGUGAGCUCGUGCAGAGCACCGUGGACUGCACGGGGAGAUGGCUGAGCUCCGUCCCAGGAAAUCUUCGAGGUGAUACCGAGGAGCUGUUGCUUGAUGACAACACUAUUCAGGUUCUGGGCAAUGCCUCUCUGCUCAUGUACCAACAGCUGCGGCGACUCAGCUUGACCAAGAACCGGCUGGAGCUCAUCCAGCCUGGCGCCUUCCUCAGGAGCCAAGGCCUCCAUGUGCUCUCCUUGGCAGACAACGUCCUCUUCACCAACUACUCGCUGACAGCAGCUGCUCUUUCUGCUCUGCCAGCCUUGAGGACGUUGGAUCUAGCUGGAAACCGCCUCACUGAGGACAUGGUAUCAGUUUUAAUCUGGAACCUGUCUUCCUUGGAGUCCUUGUCCGUGGCCAGGAACAUCAUCAUGAGGCUGGACUCAUCCGUCUUUGCAAACCUGACACAGCUGUUGGAGCUGAACCUGGAGAAGAACUACAUCUUUGAGAUUGACCAAGCUUUUGAAGGGCUGCAAAGGCUGCAGAGGCUCAACAUAGCUUACAACUACCUUCCAUGUGUAUUGGAGUUCAGCCUGACCCAGCUCAGGGUGCUCAAUGUCAGCAACAAUGUCAUCGAGUGGUUUCUGGCCCUGGAAAGUGAUGACCUCUUUGAGCUGGAGGUGUUGGACCUGUCCCACAACCGCCUCCUCUUCUUCCCCGUGUUGCCCCGGCAGAGCAAGCUGCACACCUUGCUGCUGAAGGACAAUGAGAUGAGCUUCUACCAGCGCCUCCCCAACGGCACAUCCCUGGCGAACGUGACGGUGCAGUUCCUGCUUAUUGAUGGCAACUCCACCAACAUCACAACGGUCAGCCUCUGGGAUGAGAUCUGCCACAGCAACCUCUCCUCCCUGCAGCUCCUGGACAUGAGCCAGAACCAGGUCUGGUACCUGCCAGAGGGCUUCCUGGCCCAGAUGCCUUCCCUGACCCACCUGAAGCUCAACCAGAACUGCCUGGAGACGUUCCACCUGUCAGAGGGGGACCCCUUAGCCAUGCUGACGGAGCUGGACCUCAGCCAGAACCAGCUGGCGGAGCUGGGGGCGGAGGUGGGUGCCAGGGAUGUCCUCCCCAACCUGCAGCUCUUCAAUCUCAGCACCAACAGGCUGCGGGUGCUUCCUCCUGAGGUUUUCACUUACACCAGGAAGAUUGCUACUGUGGACCUCAGCCGCAACCGGGUCGACCUCUGUCCCCAGCCAGCUGUCGCAGGCGAAGUGGAGAGUCCCCCCUGUGUGGACAUCAGGGGUAUUGAGACCUUGACUCAUCUUUCCUUGGCUGGUUGUGGGCUGCAGGGACUGGGCGGCCACCCCUUCCAGGGGACAUCGCUGAUGUAUUUGGACCUCUCCGACAACCAUCAGGCAUUGUCUGGGGACCUGGAGUGGCUGCAGGACCUUGCUCUGACGCUGCGGGUAUUGUCUCUGAGGAACACCAGCCUCUCCUCCACCACCGUGGACUUCUCUGCCUUUAACGGCCUCGUGCGCUUGGACCUAUCGGGGAACUCCUUGACUGUCUUCCCCACCUCGCUGAGCGUCCUGGAACUGCACAGCCUGGACCUGCGGGACAACUGCCUCCCGGCUCUCCUGAUGGACGUCACACGGACACCACUGGCGAAGAGCCUGCAGGAGAUCUACCUCAGCCGAAACCCCUACAACUGCUGCACGCUGGGCUGGUGGGACGCCCUGCAGCGGCUCGAGGGGUUGCAGAUCCCCGACUGGCAGGAGGUGACCUGCAGCUAUGCCUCCCGCACGUUGAGCCCCAGGGCGCUGCCCGAGCCUGUCCUGCGGAGCUGCCGCUGGCAGACAGCUGACCUGGCGCUCCUCUACCUGGUGCUGGCGCUGCCCACCUGCCUGACGCUCCUGGUGGCCUUCGCUGUCGUCUUCCUCAUGCUCAAACAAAAGCUGCUGAAAAUGGUGAAGAGCCGGUGUGGGGUGUCCAACCCUUACUGAUGGCUGAGGAGGAGGAAGGGCUCGGGAAUGGCGCAUGCGAGCGGGUUGUCAGGAUUACAGGCAAUAACCCCUUGGAGGUGGGUGAGAUGGAGACUUGAUGGAUGGAGGACCAGGGGGUGCUGGGAGAGUUGCUGUUCCUGCUACAGGUACCGUAGAUACCGCUAAAGGGUACCCAAAGGGUGCGGGACCGUGUCCGGUGAUGGAGCCUGGGGCCAUGCUGGGUGCCUUCGAGGGGCAUGUCAUCAGCAGAAACCUUCAGGUGGUGUUGACGAGCACCAAGUGGACGUCACAUCAAAUACCUCUUGGCCAAAGGCGCACGGCCAGUUGCCCCUCAGAGCUGUUUUUUGCCCCCCUUCAGGCAGAUCCUUUUAUUUAUUCACCCCCGUAGCCAACACUCUGCUUCAAAACAUCCCCCAGCUCUGCAACCAGCCUCCAGGAAUUGCCCCGGGAGGGAGGGAGCGAGCGUCACCCGGGCACUGCAGAGAAGGGUCUCCGUGGCCGUGGCGUCCCACGCUGCUCUGACUCCAGCAGCGGCUGCCGGCACCAGCAAACUCGCAGGCGGCCCUGGGCGUGCACCCGGGUGCGUGUGCUGAUAAGACGGGCGUUGUCAGCAGGGCUGAAAGACACGUUUUGGGGUGUCGUUGCUUGGUUAAGCCACGAUCCUGGCUGGAAGAGCCCAUUAAAAAUAGCCCAAGCUACAACGAUGUAGAAUAUGGACUGAAAGACGUGAGAAUAAAUUAUAUUGGCAGUGAUAUUUUAUCAUAAAUUUAUUUUCCUCCAGCAACUGCUGUAUUAACCAGAUGCAAAGGAGAUAAAAUAAGAGAAAGCCUUCCUCCUCGUUGCGCAAGCCCCGCUCUGGCGGGCUUAUCGGCUCUGGCAGCGUGGGGGGGUUUCCUCCAUCCAGCCACACACGCAGCGAGUACCGGCUCCCCCGUACCAGCAGCGCGCUACCUGGGGAAGCGCCGCUUUGUUCCUCGGUCAUGGAGACCAGGGGAGUUCCUCAGUGACGUGAGAAAAGCAAAUGUCAUACCCAUCUUCAGUCACGGCCAAAAGGACAUCCUGGGGAGCAGCCCGAUGGUCCCCCUCAUGUUGGGAAAGCCGUGGAGUUUACUUUCUUGGAGCAUGUUUCUAGAAGAAGAAGGUGUCUGGGAGCAGGCAGUGUGGACUGACCAAGGGUUUAAAUUCAUUUGCGGUUGCAAGAAGGAAGACAGGAACUGUCUUGGAGGCACUUUACUCUCUUAAGUUGCCUCUGGCAUCAAUUUGCUGAGGCCACUCAACCUGGGAUGAAGGCCCGUCUCACUCAC